UCUAAGAUCACUGCCAUUUCUGCUUAUUCUUCUUACCCUUGGAUGUCGACGGAUCCGGAGGUCUAGAGUGCUAGGAUUGGAGCAUGGGCCACUCUAUGUCGGAGAGGAGAUUCACUUCGGCAUCUUCGGCGUUCGAGUUGUAGUGGGCAACAGACACCAUGGUUACCCUUUCCGACCAUCCAUAAAUAAAUUGUCGCUCGACCGGAAUGAUGUUUGGGGAGUUGAAAGGCAAAGGAUCACGAGCUUCAACAGUCGGAGCACCAUUUGGAAGGACUUCCUCCAAGUUAGAAGUCAAAGAAGUUUCUAGCCGAAUGAUAUUUGGGGAGUUAGUGCUCAUAGGGUGGGGGUGGGUAUGUGGGGCCUCGAGAGUAGUUGAGGGAGGAGCCUCCUCAGGUGCCUCAUGGCCAAACUCAGCAUUUUGGACAACGCUUUGGUUUCUAUUCAUACUCAGUUUCAAUUGGAAUUAAGUUUCAAUGGUACACAGGCAUAAAUUGGUGCAGAAUAGGCUUAGAAGCAUUAAUCUCCACAAAAACCCAGAGCUAAAUAUAACUCGGAUAACACAGGGAAGAAAAGUAUUUGAUAACUCAGGGGUACUAAGGAUUUUGUCCUUAAUAUUACUAAAAUAUAUGACACAGUAGUAAUAGAAGAAAAUUGAUAAAGCCCCAUGCAUACUAUUUUGUUUCCCGCUAACUUUCUGCUUUCUCCACUGAUAUCUCACGAAUCUCUUCCUCAAUUGAACACAAAACUACCCAAUAAUAAAAAAUUCCCGCAAUACCCCAAACCCAAAAUCACUCAGUUUUGUUCCAUUUCAAGUGUUUCAUCUUCUUGUGAACAGACUCCUCUUCACGAUGACUGGCCUCAGCUCCUCAAAAUCUCAAUUGGCUCUGAAGAUCUGCAAUUGGGUCAAAUGGUUCAUGCCUUUUUACUAAAAUCAGGCUCUCAAAACCACACCUUUCAGGCCAAUAAUCUUGUCAAUCUCUAUUCGAAAUUCAAUAAAUUGGAUGAUGCGCAACGGGUGUUUGAUGAAACGCUUGAGAGAAACACCAUCACUUGGACUUCAUUAAUAAAAGGGUAUUUAGAGAAUGGGGAUUACGAGUCUGUGUUUCGAAUUGCACUCGAUAUGUGUCGUUUGGACGAGAAGUUCAACGAGCGUACUUGUUCUGUUGUUUUACAGGCUUGUAGCUCGCGAGAGGAUCGGAUUCUCGGUGAGCAAAUUCAUGGUUUUGUCAUAAAAAAUGGGUUUGAGAAGAAUGUUUUUGUUGCAACUUCUUUGAUUUCCAUGUAUUCAAGAAGUGCAUUCUUUAAUGAUGCAGAGAAAAUUUUCCAUAGCUUGGCUUAUAAAGAUGUUAGGUGUUUGAAUUUCAUGAUUUUGGAAUAUGAUAAGGCGGGUUAUGGGGAUAAAGCUUUUGAGGUCUUUGUUCAUCUGCUGAGUUGUGGUUUUGAGCCAAAUGAUUAUACAUUUACAAAUAUAAUUAGCGCUAGCGGUGAGAAUGUAGGUUUUGAAGAAGGGAAGCAACUACACGGGGUUGCUAUUAAGUACAGUUUAGAGAGGGAGGUUUCGGUUGGAAAUGCAUUAGUUACAAUGUAUGGGAAGUAUGGAAUGGUUGAUGAAGCUGAGAGAAUGUUUAAUGCAAUGAAUGAGAGGAAUUUGAUUUCUUGGACUGCACUUAUGUCAGGGUAUGUGAAGAGUGGUCAUGGUGGGAAAGCCAUUAAGGGGUUCUUGGAAUUACUAGACCUUGGUAUUUUUUGCGACUCAAGUUGUUUAGCAACCGUAAUUGACGCUUGCUCGGAGUGUAGAAACUUGGACUUUGGAGUUCAAUUCCAUGGGUUUGUGAUAAAACUUGGUCAUUUAUAUGAUGUCAGUGUUGGAACUGGUUUAGUUGAUUUAUAUGCCAAAUGUGGGAACCUGAAGUCUGCAAGAAUGCUUUUUAAUGGUGUAUCAGGUAAAAAUACUGCUUCAUUCAAUGCACUUCUUGUUGGAUUUACGGAAACAAAUGCAGCUGAUGAAGAAGAUGUGAUGAUUUUGUUUAGUCGGCAAAGAUUAGCUGGUAUGCAACCAGAUAAUGUGACUUUUUCACGGCUAAUUAGUCAAUCUGCUAACAAAUCUUGUUUGGUCAGAGGCAGUAGUCUUCAUGCUUAUACGUUUAAAUCAGGGUAUGAAGCAGAUUUAAUUGUAGAUAAUGCUUUAAUUUCCAUGUAUGCCAAGUGUGGAAGCAUUGAAGAUGCCUUUCAAACGUUCAAAGGUAUGAGUGGGCACAAUGUUGUAUCAUGGAACGCAAUGCUUUCUGCAUAUGCCCUUCAUGGGCAGGGUAAAAAAGCACUCUUGCUCUUCCAAGAGAUGAAAUGUCAAGGAUUUGUACCAGAUGAAAUCACAAUAUUGGCUGUUCUUCAAGCCUGCAUUUACUCUGGGUUAUGGGAAGAUGGCAUAUUCUUAUUCAAUGAAAUUGAACCAAUAUAUGGAAUAAAGCCAAUACUUGAGCACUUUACUUGCAUGGUUGAUCUAUUGGGCAGGGCUGGUCUUUUGUCCGAAGCCAUGAAUCUUAUUAAAAGUUCCCCUUAUCCACACUCACCUCUUCUUUGGAGAACUUUGGUCAGUGUCUCUAAAUUAAGUGGGGAUUUGAGUUUUGGCAUUUUGGCUUCAAAACAUUUGCUGAACUUAGAGCCUGAAGAGGCUGGGUCUUAUAUACUUGUUUCAAAUAUCUAUGCUAGAGAAGGAAUGCUAGAUGAGGCAGCCGAAGUUAGAACAGCUAUGAAUGACUUGAAGUUAAGGAAAGAGGCUGGAUGUAGCUGGAUUGAGAUUGAUAAUAAGGUCCAUCGGUUUGUGGCAGGCGGCAAAGACCAUCCAAGAAGUAGAGAAAUUUAUGCAAAAUUGGAUCUAUUAAGUGAUGAGAUUAAAUCAAAGUCUGAUGAUUGAACGCUUUCCAUUUGAUUCUGGAUCCUAUUUAAGUACCAAAUCAAAAGAAUCAUCAAUCUUGUCAGUUUUUUCCCCUGGUAGAAGAUAUUGGCUAAUGCUUAGCCAAUACAAUCAUAAUUUUUCAUCACACAUCAUUGUCGGCAGUAGAAGAUACACCCAAUUUAUCCAACAUUUAGAAAUUGUGUUUAGUUCACCCAUCCAAUCCUUCUAUAACAAAAUUAAUUGAAUGCUUAAUUACUUUAAAUACAGUGUGAUUGUGAUGGUGGUCACCAGCCGUUGAAGAGCCUAUAAAGAAAAC